GUGCACGGCGUAAACCCACUGCGCAGGUGCCACACGCCCCUUCCACCUAAAAGCUUUAUUGCUUUUAGACAGUCCGUGUUAUGUCGCCCCUUGCGCAUGCGCAGUACACGCUGUCGUUUCCUCCUUUACACCACCGGCCGCUGCCAUCUUCACCGGGGCGGAAGAGGCGAGUAGAGAGACUUCGGUACUGACAGCGGUCCCGGGCCCCGGCGGUGUGGUGUCAGGCCGUUCCCUGGCGUGACACAGAUUUGGUGAAGGGAGAUGGAUGGAGGAACACCAAAACCAACCGUAAAUGGCUUCACCAUGAAAUCGCAGCUUCAGGUCACUGUGAUAUCUGCUAAACUGAAAGACAGCAGAAAAAAUUGGUUCGGUCCGAGCCCCUAUGUGGAAGUGUCAGUGGAUGGACAGUCCAAGAAAACAGAAACCCGAAAUAACACCCACAGCCCUAAAUGGAAGCAGCACCUUACUGUCAUUGUCACCCCGUUCAGCGUGUUAAAUUUCCGUGUAUGGAGCCACCAGACCUUAAAAUCAGACGCCCUCCUGGGCACCGCGUCGCUGAACCUGCAGGAAACCCUACUGGCUAAUAAUAUGAAGUUGGAGGAAGUGAUUGUGAACUUACAGCUGCAAGGAGACAGAGAGACAGUGGGUGACCUAUCGGUGUGUCUGAAUGGGCUGCAGGUAGAUCCAGAACUCCUGGCCAAUGGAGAUGCUUCUAGCUUGUUGGCUUCCAGCGAUAGCUCAAGACUACAGACGGAUUCCGCCUCUGCCAGCGCUGACAGUACAGACGGCACAAGUCCUAGUGAAAAUCUGCAAAGCAACGGCACCAAUUCACCUUCCUUGUCCAAUGGAGGGUUUAAACCCAGCAGACCACCCAGACCAUCCCGACCACCACCACCCACCCCUCCAACGGUGCCUGCCUCAGCCCCUCCUACUUUCAGCAAUUCUGAAAUUGCGGCAAACCUGGCCGGCAGCGCUCCUGCCUCAGGGACCGAGGUGACGCCUGGUGUGCCUCCUGUAUCCAGACAGAUUGUUCCUGUCAACAUUGAUAGCCAGAGAAUUGGAGCCCAAGGAGCCCUACCCCCGGGCUGGGAGCAGCGCGUAGAUCAGAGUGGACGCGUGUAUUUUGUGGAUCAUGUGGCAAAAAGGACGACGUGGGACAGACCAGAGCCUCUUCCCCCUGGGUGGGAGCGCCGCGUGGAUAACAUGGGGAGAAUCUACUACGUAGACCACAUAACGCGGACAACCACGUGGCAGAGGCCCACCAUUGAAUCUGUACGGAACUACGAGCAGUGGCAGUUCCAGCGUAACCAUCUACAAGGGGCAAUGCAGCAAUUCAACCAGAGGUUCAUCUAUGGGAACCAAGAUUAUAGUCAAAAUAAAGAGUAUGAUCCCUUGGGGCCAUUACCUGCUGGAUGGGAAAAGAGGACAGACGGAAAUGGCAGAGUGUAUUUUGUGAACCACACAACACGGACGACGCAGUGGGAGGAUCCAAGAAAUCAGGGACAACUGAAUGAGAAGCCAUUGCCGGAGGGCUGGGAGAUGAGGUUUACGGUGGACGGGGUUCCAUAUUUUGUUGAUCACAAUAGAAGAACCACAACGUAUAUUGAUCCUCGGACCGGAAAAUCUGCCUUAGAAAACGGGCCCCAGAUCGCGUACGUACGGGAUUUUAAAGCUAAGGUGCAAUACUUCAGGUUCUGGUGUCAGCAACUCUUCAUGCCACAACACAUCAAGAUCACCGUCAAUAGGAAAACCUUGUUUGAGGAUUCCUUCCAGCAGAUUAUGAGCUUUAACCCACAAGACCUGAGGAGAAGACUUUGGAUAAUUAUUCCUGGAGAGGAGGGGCUGGACUACGGAGGCGUCGCGAGGGAGUGGUUUUUCCUUCUCUCCCAUGAAGUCCUUAACCCCAUGUACUGCCUGUUCGAGUAUGCUGGAAAAGACAACUACUGCCUGCAGAUAAACCCCGCCUCCUACAUCAACCCCGACCAUCUGCGCUACUUCCGCUUUAUCGGAAGGUUUAUCGCCAUGGCUUUAUUCCAUGGGAAGUUUAUAGACACCGGAUUCUCUUUACCGUUCUAUAAGCGAAUAUUAAAUAAACCCGUGGGGCUGAAGGAUUUGGAAUCUGUGGACCCCGAAUUCUACAAUUCUCUCAUCUGGAUCAAGGAAAACAACAUAGAAGAGUGUGGGCUGGAAAUGUUCUUUUCUGUAGAUAAGGAGCUCCUCGGGGAGGUAAAAAGCCAAGACCUAAAGCCGAAUGGAAGCAACAUCCAGGUGACGGAGGAGAACAAGGAGGAGUAUAUACGGCUUGUGGCGGAGUGGCGAUUGUCUCGUGGUGUGGAGGAGCAGACACAGGCGUUCUUCGAGGGCUUCAACGAGAUUCUCCCCCAGCAGUACUUACAAUAUUUUGAUGCCAAAGAGUUGGAGGUCCUUCUAUGUGGGAUGCAGGAAAUUGAUUUGAAUGACUGGCAGCGAAACGCAAUCUACCGGCACUACACAAGGACCAGCAAGCAAAUUGUUUGGUUCUGGCAGUUUGUUAAAGAAAUUGACAAUGAGAAGCGCAUGAGACUCCUCCAGUUUGUUACCGGGACUUGCAGGUUACCAGUUGGAGGCUUUGCCGAUUUAAUGGGGAGCAAUGGGCCUCAGAAAUUCUGCAUCGAGAAGGUCGGGAAAGAGAACUGGCUGCCCAGAAGUCACACGUGCUUUAACCGCCUGGAUCUUCCACCUUAUAAAAGCUUCGAGCAGCUGAAGGAGAAAUUGCUCUUUGCUAUAGAAGAGACAGAAGGAUUUGGCCAAGAGUGAGAAGCGGCUGAUGUAUCCGGCCCAAUGUGUGAGCUGAUCCCCCUCCUCCGCCUGGCUCCAUUCUUCUAUUUUUGUUUUAGUUUUUUCUACUCAAGGAUUGACUCUUCAGUGAUGGCGUCUUGUCUCCUAUCAUGAACGGUCUAUGUCCUCAUAUAUCACCAGGAGAAUCAUGGCUGCCUGUACGUCCAGUACAGCGUUCAUUCUAUUCCAGUCUUCCAGGGAUGUGACACUAUGCAUCCUGCGUGGGGGAUAACAUUCACUGCGUUAUACCUCAGGGCACCCGCAGCCCAUCGAGCUGUAUAUAGCCAUAUUUAUUAUGCACUACGGGCGGGUGUCCUGCGGCGUAACGCUCACCACUCAGUUACCCGUCACGCUUUUUAAUGAAGGCGGUGGGAGGUGUUGCUUUUACGUCUGUAGAGAGCGGGACGUGGCCGGACGGUCGUGUCACCUCGGAGAUCGCACAGAAUGGCAGAUUUCUAAUAGACAUCUCGUCCCCGUUGGUUUAUUACGUCCAUGUGACCUGUCCGCGCUCUCUGUACAGAAUAUAAAGGCAACCGUUAUAACUUUCGCACAGAUCAUGAUGUUAAGUUUGUAUAUUCGUAAGCGCGCAUGCUUUCUGCGUCUUAGCGGACCAUUGUAGAUUGUGUUAAGUCUUAAGUUUUUCGAUCGGUCUGUACUCUGUGUAUAAUUUUUGUACUCUUGCUGGAGGCGGAUAUCCUCCGCUUUCUGUGUCUGAGCAUGAAGUCAGUACAUAUGGCAAUGUUUUCCCAACCAGUGUGCCUCCAGCUGUUGCAAAACUACAACCCCCCCAGCAUGCCCGGACAGCCAGAGGCUUUUCUGCUUCCUCCAGAGGAUCCAUACUGUCCCUAAAAGGUAAAUCAAGGCUUCAUUUUUAACACCUUUUGUAAUAAAGGUAAAUCAAGGCUUCAUUUUUAACACCUUUUGUAAUAAAGGUAAAUCAAGGCUUCAUUUUUAACACCUUUUGUAAGGCUGGGUUCACACCACGUUUUUGCAAUAGAGUUCCCGUAUACGUUUUCAAUAUGAAAACCGCACGGAACAGUUUUGAAAACCGUAUGCAUUGACUCUCCAUUGAAAACCGUACGCCAAAAGAUGCAUCAGGUUGUGUCUUUUGCCUCCUGUAUGGUUUUGUCAGUUUUUUUUCCCCGUACCCAAAACCGUAGCCUACCACGGUUUUUGGUCCGGGUGAAAAAACGUAUUGAAACAUAUAGUUAUUUUGUUAACAUGGGAGUCAAUGGGAACUGUACAGAACCGUUUUGCGUAAGGUUCCAUACGGUUUUUGACUUUGCACAGUUUUUUUUUUUUUCUUGGAAUUUCAAUCAAACAAGUGAAACUUUAUGUAUAAUGGAGUGAAAAGUUAAAAACGUAUACAUUUUUUUCAUAAAAAAACGGAUGCAACUGGACAUAAUUUUUCAAACCGUAUACGGAUUAAAAUUUGUACACACGUUUUGAUACAGUUUAGUCAGGUUUUGAGGAAUCAGUUUUUUUUCUUUUAGCAAAAACCUGAUUCGGGAACUGUAUUGCAUAAACGUGGUGUGAACCCAGCCUAAUAAAGGUAAAUCAAGGCUUCCUUUUUAACACCUUUUGUAAUAAAGGUAAAUCAAGGCUUCCUUUUUAACACCUUUUUGUAAUAAAGGUAAAUCAAGGCUUCCUUUUUAACACCUUUUGUAAUAAAAAAAAAAAAAUAAAAAAAAAAAAAAAGGAAGAGGUGCUCCAAUGGUGAAGAAUCACCAGGCACUGGGUUAGGAAACUGGAAUCGUCGCUUACCGCAGAUGGUUGUGUCAAACCAUACACAACAAUGGGAUGAGCAUAUGGAGGACACGGUCCAGUCUGCGGCCUUCCCAGAAAUCAAGGUAGAUAGGAACAGGUAACUUCUGACACAGGUGGGAACAUGUUGGC